ACGCACAGCAGCGCACAGCACGCACAGCUGGCGGGAAAUACUAACGCAGAGUAAACCAUAGUGUGGUUGUUUGGUCGGACCCGGACCAGGUUUAUGGUGAAUGUUUAAAAGUUGUCAAUUUUACGUUUAAUUACAUUUGAACUAACAAAGAAAGAGCUUGUGGUCGAACUAUGGUCCAAAUAGUCAUAAGAGGCAGUGUGGACGGCAGCAGUCCUCCAGAAUGGCUGCUGGUGGAGCUGCAGGGAGAAGUGAUUUCCAGACACAACUCUGGCCUGGUUGGAAAUGUGAUGGGAGACCUGCUAUACACCAAAGAGGGGGUGCCAGUGCUCAUUGUGGGACAUCAUAUUCUGUAUGGGAAGCAGGUCAAAAUGGAGAAACCUUUUGCUGUCCUCACCAAGCAACCUGGGCAUUCGCAGGAUAGUCUGGGUGGCCAUGACAGUGAUGGUGUCACACAGACACCCAUGGAAACAAACCAGCAAGGACCCACCACCACCACAUACUCUGUGUCUGCCCUCAUCAAACGGAAGCUGAUCUUUAAGACUCGCCCCAAACCCAUCAUCACCAACGUGCCCAAGAAGGUUUAGAAAGACUGUUCAAUGACAUGAACUCGUUAGAGCGCUUUUUAAAGGGUUCAUGUCAGCCUUAACACUUUUGGAAAAGCGUCUGCACACUGACCAGAAUCAGGAGCAAUGUGUGGAACCUGAAAGGCCCUAAGCAAAGGAUUCUGUGCCUUUACACCGUAGUGUCAGGAGGGACCUGGUUUUUGAUGGAAUAUUUGCCCUGGAUAUAAAAUGGCUUAAUCUCUUUACAAGAAAUGUUCUUAACAUAAAUUGUCUUUUGAGUCCAACCACUAUCAUUUGUCCAAUAUGGGCCUAUAUAAGAUACUGUAUAUAUGUAUCAGCAUUUGUAUUACAGUUUUAAACCUUUACAGAAAAUCUACUGCAGUUCUUUGUCUACCAGAGUGCACUAUGCCACCAAAAUACUCAGAGAACUGUCUGCUGCACAUGCAGCAAUUGAUGGUCUGCACUAAAUAGAUGGUUGUCAGUGUUUAAUAAUGUCAUAUAUUCUUUUAUUAAAGUUAUUUGUGUAAAUAGGAA